AUGUAUAGCGAAUUUAAGGUAUAAACUCAAAUCACAAAAGUUACAAAGGGUUUAUUAAUUCAAUCUUAAAACAUUUUUUCUUCUCCGAUUUCUUAAUAAUUAAUUUCCUAAUCUUUUUCUCGCUAACAGAUUAUUGAUGAAUCAAAAUUAUAUCAUUUGAGUUAAUUAAUUUUUGAUAUCGAUGAAAAUGUGACUUUUAUAGAUAUUUAAUUUCCAACAUUUAUAGAAGUUUUAGCUCUUUGUAACAGUGUUUUAUCUGUACUACUUUUUUUGGGAAUAUUUUGUAGGAAAUAGGCUCAAAAAUUUAUUAGAAGAGACAUAUUUUUUAUUUUACUAAAAAACUUCUUUUCUAGAACAUAUUUAGACAUUUUAUAGCAUAACAAUAUUAUUGAAUCUAACGAUUUAAAAUUGGAAAAAUAAACAACAUAGGAUCAGUAAAUUUAAUAAAAUCAAACUGAUGAAAAUGAUGAAAAACACAAUAUUUUACCUAUUUGUUUAUCACCAAAGUCAAAUUUUAAAAUCUUUGAAUAAUAAUUGAUAUAAGAUAACUUAAAUUUUAAACAAGAUUUUUUUGUAGAAAAUGAGAAUAGUAAAAUCAAUAAAUUAUAAGAAAUUAAUGAAUAGAUACAGGACCUUAAAACAUAAACAUAGUAAGUUAACAUCAGUAAGAUAGAAAAUAUUUAGAGGUCUUUUCUAAUUGAGAGCUAAGUUACUAAAGAUGGAUCUCCAAGCUUUAUUAAAAGCAAAUUAAGCUUGUAAUAAUAAUCGCCAAAAAUAAUAAAUUUUGAAAAGAAUCGGAAAUUUUUAUAAACUAAUAACUAAAGUAGAUUUAGGAAUUCUAGUUUAGCGAAUUAAAGCGAAAUCAAAUAAAACAAAAUCAAAAAUAUUAAAAACUUAACUUAAUAGGUUAAUUAAAAUUUUGAAGUAUUGAGUGAUGAUAAGCUUUAUUAAAAGAGUCUCGAAGAUAUAAUAUUUUAAACCAAAUUUUGCAAGAAAAAUGAAUUUUUACAAUCUAAGGGAAUCAAUAAAGAAAUGUUAGAAUGCUUAGAAUAAUCAACUGACUAAAGCUUAGAUUUCUUCUCUUUUUAUAAAGAAAUUUUGUUUUUAAAAAAAGCUGUCAUGAUUAUGCUUAGUAAAGAAUAAAUGGCUGCUUUAAAAAUUACUGGUAUUGGAAUAGAAACCUUAAAGUAUAAUUAAGAAAGCACUGAGAUGAAUAGCUAAACAGGUAAUUUGUUUAUUUAUUAACCAUAAAAUUAUUAAGAAUUUUGUUAAAUUAUAGAAGAAAUAAAAAUAAAUCACUUAAAAGAGUAGUUUGAAGUUAUGUAAUCAGAAAAAUUAUAAAUUCAGUAUAUCAAUCUGUUUCUAUAAAGAUUUUAAAACACAUAAAAUUUAGAUAUAAUAGACAAAAGAAUACUCUCUUCAUUAUCUAUAAAUAUGUGA